UCACCAAAUUACCAAGCUAUCUUUUAUAUUUUGUUUUGCAGUUGUAGCUUGAAAAAUAUUUGCAUUGUCAAGAAUGGCUUUCUCCAAGACUUUCCUUCUCCUUGGCCUCGCCUUUGCAGUUGUCCUUCUCAUCUCCUCCGAGGUGACUGCUGGUGAGCUUGCUGAGACCACCCAAGAAACCAACGUGGAGCACUCUGACCAUAAAUUCGGACACGGUCACGGACAUGGCCACAGUCUUGGCCACGGCCACAAACACGGCCAUGGACACCAUGAAAGACAUCAUGAAGGACACCAUGGAGGGCACCCUGCCGAUGAGACAAAGGAGGUCAAAAACUGAAGCUGGAGGGAACUAGAGAACCUUUGGUUUCUUACUAGGUCGAAUAACUUUUUACGUGUGUGU